GACAUAGCAUGGGAAUUAGCUGGAUUUGUGAUAUAGAAUAGAAUAGAAUAGAAUAGAAGAGAAGAAGCUCAUUGAUUGUUUGAAUUCUGUUUGAAUUUGGUCAGAAAUGACGAGUGCUGUGGGCUCAGUGGAUGAAGCAGUUGAAGAGAUUAUGAAAAUUCACAAAUCCUUGCCGGCGAGACCUGGAAUCGAUGAAAUAGAGGCGGCCAAAGAGUUGAUCCAGAACGUGGAGAAGGAGGACCAGGGCAGACUUGAAGCCAUUGGUAGAUUGAGCAAGAGUCCGGAUGUUCCUGAAGAGUUGUUCAUGGUGUUACAAGAGAUGCGGAAGAACUUGGUUUAUUAUCACAGCAAAGAACAGAAACGUGAGGCCUUGAAAUUACUCGAUCUUGAGAAUGUCCAUGCUCUGUUUGAUGAUUUUAUUCAGAGAGCUGCUAAUUGUAUCCCUUCCUCUUCUUCUUCUACUUCAAACUCUAAUUAUAACACCUCUAAGUCCUCUUCCGCUUCCCUUCCUGCCGCCAAAACCAAGUCAACUUCCACUGCAACUGCAAACGCCGCUCCUGCCACUUUAUAUUACCCUGAGAAGGCGCCUGUCAAGACUUCAGAAUUGGUUACUAGGGAUGACAGUUAUGUGAAGAAGGCCAAGUCUUCUCUCUAUUCGGAUGGAAUUGGAACCACCGUUUCAUCCACCCCUCAUAUAGUGGAUUCCACUCUAAAAUCAGGUCAAGAUGGUGAUAAAUUGAGUUUAAUUAAGCUGGCUAGUUUGAUUGAAGCCUCUAAGAAGAAAGGUACUAGAGAUCUCAAUCUCCAAAACAAGUUGAUGGAUAAUGUUGAAUGGUUACCGGAAUCAAUAGGAAAAUUAUCCAGUUUGAUUUCUCUAGAUUUGUCUGAGAAUCGAAUUGUGGCCUUACCGCCCACUAUUGGGGGCCUUUCGUCAUUGAUGAAGUUGGAUUUGCAUGCAAACAGAAUUCUUCAACUCCCUGAUACCAUUGGAGAUCUCCUUAAUUUGGUUUCUCUAGACCUGAGGGGAAACCAGUUAUCAACUCUGCCUGCUACCUUUGGCAGAUUGGUACGCCUUGAAGACCUUGAUUUGAGCUCAAACCACCUAUCUUCACUCCCUGAUACAAUAGGUUCACUUGUUAGCCUCAAGAAAUUGAAUGUGGAAACCAAUGACCUUGAAGAACUUCCACAUACUAUUGGUCAGUGUUCUUCACUUAGGGAGCUUUGUGUGGAUUAUAACCGGCUUAAAGCCCUUCCGGAAGCAGUAGGGAAGAUUCAAACUCUGGAGGUUCUCUCUGUGCGCUAUAAUAACAUCAAACAGUUACCUACAACUAUGUCAUCUCUGUCAAACCUGAGGGAGCUUGAUGUAAGUUUCAAUGAGCUUGAGUCAGUACCUGAGAGCUUAUGUUUUGCAACCACACUUGUCAAGAUGAACAUAGGAAACAAUUUUGCUGAUAUGCGUUACCUGCCGAGAUCUAUUGGAAACCUGGAGAUGCUUGAAGAGUUGGAUAUUAGCAAUAACCAGAUCCGGGUCCUUCCAGACUCAUUUAGGAUGCUAACACGACUGCGUAUACUUCGUGUGGAUCAAAAUCCGUUGGAAGUGCCUCCUAGACAUAUAGCUGAAAAGGGUGCACAGGCUGUGGUUCAGUAUAUGGCUGAUCUUGUUGAAAAGAGAGAUGUUAAGACACAACCAGUUAAGCAAAAAAAGAGUUGGGCUCAGAUUUGCUGCUUCUCAAAGUCUAACAAAAGGAAGCGCAGUGGUAUAGAUUAUGUGAAUGCUUGAGCUGUACUGAAAAAGAGGCCGAUUUGAUCUCUUAAAAUGACUGAAACUGGGAGCUCAGUUCAACUGAUUGUGAUGGAGAAUGUAGAAUUCAAUUGUCUGGGUUAGGCUGGAAAGUACUAGAGGAUGUGCUAUUGAGAAUACAAACACUCGAAACAUACAUGGAUUUGAUUACCUUAUGAUGGUGACAAAUGACUCCAUUAUUCAUCUUGCAGGGGUUUCUUCAGAGUCAGUGAGAUGAAAAGCAAAGAUCAUUAUGCAGCUGAUACCAUGCAUUAACGACAGGUGUGGGUUUAUAAAACAUGGCAUCUGACUUAUGUAUCCACAAUUGUAGAUAUCCUUGUUCCUCUUUUUAAUUUUCAAUUUUUGUAAUUUUUUAAAUUAAAUUUUAUUCCAACUGUAUCUCUGUUGUUGUGAAACUAUAAUGAGGUGUACAAUUGAGCCGGCAAACAGGAGGGGAAAGGAAUUGUUGUUCUUCAUAUCCCUCGUUGUAAAAUGAAGUUUGAGUUUACACUUUUCAUCACUUCUAAUAGAAAUUUGUUUAUUUUUAAAA